AUGGUAUUAGCGGACGAGCUUACCAUUCCUAUGGCGCAAGCCGAGCCUGGAAUAAGUCUGCUUAUUGGAUCAGACCAAAUAUGGAAGGUCAUAACCGGUGAAGUCAUCAGAAGCCAAGAAAUUGAAGGACUAGUGGCUAUUAACACUAUAUUGGGUUGGACACUACAAGGACCUGUGAAGAAAAGGAGCUUUGUUCAAAGCACAUCCAGAGUUAUGGUAUGUGUAUUAAGAACAGAUAUACGGUCACAAUCGGAGAUUAAUGAUGAUCUGCAGUCCUUUUGGACUUUGGAUGUUAUGGGCAUCUCCCCAGAGGAAGAACAGCUAACUUCGUCAACCACGUUGUCCAGGUUCCUAGAGAAUAUUGUCAAGAAGGAUCGACGGUACGAAGUUGCAGUGCCGUGCAAAGAACCUGACAUAGAAUUAAUUGAAGACAACUACCUCGUCGCACGUAACCGCCUUCAGAGCCUUGUACGACGACUAUCAACCAAAAAAGGCCUGCUGGAACGGUACGACCAUGCCAUUCGACAGUACGCUGACUCGGGACACGCGGAAGUAGUCUCCAAAAGGAAACCCAAUGAGGAGCGUACAUAUUACAUGCCGCACCGAGAAGUUAUCCGUGAGGACUCUCUCACUACGAAGCUGAGGGUGGUAUUUGAUGCCUCGUCGCAUGCAAGAGACCAAAAAUCGCUGAAUGAUUGCCUACAAACCGGGCCGAACUUGAAUCCUCAGCUGCUACAAGUCCUCAUGCGAUUUCGCUGGUACAAAGUACCAAUGACUGCAGACAUAGAAAAAGCGUUUCUGCAGGUUGGUGUUAGACCACAAGACAGAGAUCUCUUCAGGUUCUUGUGGUUUGCUGAGAAGCCGACGUUACCAUUCAGGGAAGACGACAUACAGGUCUGGCGAAUGACAAGAGUACCUUUCGGAUCGACGUCAAGUUCCUUCAUGCUUACAGCGACCAUUCAACAUCACCUCAAAACAGGUGUAGACAACGAGCAGCACGGAGUGGCCCAACUACUUGCAAAGUCAUUCUAUGUAGAUGAUUUGCUGAUUGGGGCGAAUAACUUGCAAGCAGCUGUAGAGCUUUACGCCACCACAAAGGCAAUAAUGAAUGACGCUGGAAUGCCACUCAGAAAAUGGACAACAAGUUGUCAAGAGCUGCAGGACAUAUUCGACUCAAACGAGCCAGCUAUACCUAACGGCAGCGGACAAACGCCAACCACAACAAAAGUCCUCGGAAUGACAUGGAACAUGGAGACCGACAGUCUUACUUACAGCUCUCAAAAUAUCUUGUCAUUUCUGGAGAAGGCUCAAGAUACAAAGCGCUUUCUUCUGCAAACAGUGUCGAGAGUUUAUGACCCACUGGGACUAGUUGCUCCUUUCGUGGUACGAGGAAAGAUGUUAUUUCAGCAGCUGUGGGUCCGUAAAGUCGACUGGGAUGAAGAGCUGCCAGAUGAUAUAGCACGACAGUGGAUGAGCUGGAGAAGUGAUUUGAUUCACCUUCCCAAGGGACCGGAGCCUCUCGGCCACAUCGUGGGCCUGCUGGACAGCUCAGAGUUGGUCGGCCAGAAGGGGGCUACGGAGGGCCGCAUCCCACCUGGCCGAUUUGUUAUCGACUGUAGCGUGUGA